UUUAUGGGUGAGGAUGGCAAAGGCCCCACUUUUGUCAUCUUACACGGGAGACUUUGACUUUUCUCAUUUCUCUUGCGACGAAAACCUAGGAAGGGGAAUGGCGGAUCGGAGCUUAUCAGGGUAGGGAUGGACUUCUUCGCAUCCUUGCCGGAAGGCCUCAUAUCCGACAUCAUUUCGCUCACGUCGGCAGUAGAUGCCGCAAGAUUAUCGGUGAUCUCGAGGGUAUUCAAGGCGGCGGCCGAGUCGGACUCUGUUUGGGGCAGAUUUCUUCCGCAAGAUCUUAGCGAUAUCCUCUUAAGAUCGAGGUCUCCGGUGGUGUUUUCCAACAUGAAAGAGCUUUACUUCACCCUCUGCAACUCUCCCAUUCUCCUCGACGACGGAAGUAAACUGAGCUUUUCACUUGAUAAAAGUAGUGGGAAGAAGUGCUUCAUGAUAGCAGCAAGAGAGCUGGAUAUUACAUGGGGAAACAAACAGUAUUACUGGGAAUUGAAACCUCACCCUGACUCUAGGUUCUCAGAGGUGGCUAAUCUCCGGUCCGUUUGCUGGCUUGAUAUUCGGGGGGUCAUCACAACUAAUAUGCUCUCUGCAACCACAGAUUACGCAGCUUAUCUAGUGUUCAGAUUAUCAGACAUGGCCUGCGGCCUUGAAUCCGCAAAAUCAUUGGUUAGAUUCGUUAGUCAAGAGUGCGACGAGGAGGCAGAAAAUCGAGCUGACGGGGUGAGUCUGUUUGGCGGCCAAUCUAACAGACGUGGUGGUUCUCAGACUUCCAAUGAGCUUCGCCGAGAGAGAAGCGAUGGAUGGAUGGAGGUGGAAUUGGGUAGCUUUUAUAACGACCAAGGAGACGACGGUGAUGUAGAAGCGCGACUCAUUGAGAUCUGGGACCUGAAUUGGAAGAGCGGUCUCAUUGUUGAAGGCAUUGAGUUCCGGCCCAAAUCUUGAAAAACAUAGUUAUACCCAAAUUAUAACCUGAACCAGGGUCCAUCUUGAUGGAUUCUGGUCCAUAAUUACGUUUGUUUCAUAUUAAUAGGUCCUCUUCUUCUUCUUUGUGUGUGUUUCGCCAUCAUCUUCCCAAAUUUCCUAAAUCAUAUUCUCUCUGCGUGUUCUCCUUCCUCAAUUUUCUUAAACCAUUACUGCAACUAUUCCCCUUGUUGAUAUCAUUGCUGUGAGUUGUCGAAAUUGUGGAAUGUGCAAGUGAUUAGUUAGAAUUGAGUGUUGAUGAAGCUUUUUCGUUUCCAGGUUCUUCUAUUACUUUGGAUUUGUUUUGUUUUAAUUUGUGUUGAACUUUUGGUUCA